GACCCUUUACCUCCAGUCUACAGCUGUUCUUUUCUCUUGUUUGUGUAGGCAUACUUUCAACUCACUUUGUUAUGCGGGCGAUAACCAAACUCACAUUUUUACUUGUUAUUAAACGCAAACAAAUCACAACGUCUUCUGUUAACAAGCACACAAUGCCUCUAAAGUUUGCAGCAAACAUCUCUAUGAUGUUUCAAGAGAUUCCAACUUUGGAGGGACGAUACGCAGCAGCUAAGAAAGCAGGUUUCACGUUCGUGGAGUUAACUUUUCCAUACGACGAACCCAUUGAAAAAUUAAAAGAAGCUAAAGAAAAAGCUGGAGUAGAACAAGUGCUCAUCAAUGCAUUCCCUGGUAACUUAAAAGCAGGUGACCUUGGCACAGCUGCUCAAACAGAACGAGUCAAGGAAUUUAAAGAAGGACUAGAAUUGUCCAUAAACUAUGCCAAAGCUUUGAACUGCAAAAGAAUGCAUGUAAUGGCAGGAAGAACACCAGAGGGCACUGAUGUUGCUGGCAGAGAAAAAAUGAAAAAAACUUACAUAGAAAACUUAAAAUAUGCAGCUGAUAGGCUGGGCAAAGAAGGUAUUCUGGCAUUGAUUGAACCAGUCAACAAUCGUCUAUCAAUUCCUGGCUACUUCAUGCAUAACCCACAUGAAGGUUUAGAAAUAGUAAAAAGCAUCAACCACCCCAACUUAAAGCUUCAGUUUGAUAUAUUUCAUGUUCAGAUUAUGGAUGGAAAUCUAACCAAAAAUUUGCAAGAUUUUUUACCCUAUGUUGGUCAUGUCCAACUAGCACAGGUUCCUGACAGGGGGGAGCCAGACAGUGAUGGAGAGAUCAACUACCCCUAUGUGUUCACAGUUCUUGAGGCACUGGGCUAUGAGGGCUACAUAGGACUAGAGUACAAACCCAGAGGGAAAACAGAAGAUGGACUAAAAUGGAUGAGAAAUCUUGGGUAUUAGAAUUCUGUCAUAAAUGAGAUUUGUUAUGUUUUAGUUUAUUUAUACAGAUUUUGCAAUUCAGUAAUUAUUUCAAUAAUUUUGACUAUAAUUAUUCAACUAAAUUUUUAUUGGUUAUUCAGGAUUAUGUUCAGUAAUAGCAUACACAAAUGGUACACACCACAAGGUCUACCUAGAUAUAGGCCAACAAAUAUUUUAUAUUUAUCAUGUAGAGAAAUAGUUCAUGUGCUGCUUCUGACCAUCAACUAUCUCUCUAAAUCAAAUUAUUUGCUGUUUACACAGGUAUUGUUAAAUAAAAUAAGGUGUUUUGUCUGGAUGAAUAUCUAUGCAGAAUAGUUCAAAACGAAUCCCCCAACAAGGGGAGAUUAUUCUUGUGUUGCCAGAAUAACAACAAAGUUGAUGUACUUCUUUUAUGAUUUGUGUAACAAUGGAGAUUGAAUGAAAUACACUUUAUCAUGUUAAUGUAAAUAAAAUCAUAAAGUCAAUUA